UUGUGCGGUGCACGCAUGAUCUACGUUCACAGAACUGACUGCACAAUGCAUUAAAAUGGUUUCCUGUGGUCUGCUGUGCUACUUCCUAAUUCUCCUGUUGUGACAUUCAUCUCUUUUCUCACUCUCGCUGCAAUGGAGUGGAUUGUUUUCAUCGUUUUUCAGCUCCUGACGGAGGUUCAGUCUUACAAGUCUCCUACUGUAAGAGUAUCUCCAGAUGUCAUAAGAGAGUCCAGCUCAGUGAAGAUCAGCUGUGAGACGCCAGGAGAUGUUCCAGUGAAUCAGUGUUAUUACUACACAAACAGAGAAGAGAGGAAUAUAAAAACCAGUUGGAGAUGUGAGCUGGAUCUCACUGGUGCUGAACUGAUCAGAUGGGCAGCUGUAACAUCACAUGGAUUAAUCAACAUUUACUGUUACUACACACCGGUGAAUGAUACAUCAUCAUCAUUACCUCAUUCUCCUCAUGCCACAGUGAAAGUUAUAGUUUCACCAUCAACCACCACUGAACAAACUUCUACAACAGCCAUGAAAACCUCAGCAUUACUUGUAAUGUCCACUUCUGAAACUACAACACACCCUACUACUGAUCCCCAUUCCAACCCAAAGCUGUCAACAAGUUUGACAAAGGAAACUACAAUUUCUAUUACAAACUCCACUUUGUCUGGUAACAGUAGAAUAUCAGAACAUACAACAACGGCUAUAGAUUUCAUAUCUGGAUCCACCAGAACUGCUGUGUCUAAUGUUCACACAUCAACGGCUCACCCUACAGAUCCACACACAGCAACAACGGCUAUAGAUUUCAUAUCUGGAUCCACCAGAACUGCUGUUUCUAAUGUUCACACAUCAACGGCUCACCCUACAAAUCAACACACAGACACAGGCACAUGGUUUGUCGUGUAUGUUUCCACUGCUGUUGCUGUGGUUUUUUUUGGACUCACGGUCUGUCUUUGCUGGUUUGCAAGUAAGAAAAGAAGAAAGCAAUUGAAUACAAUGGAAGUGCCCAAUCAUGGAAUUGGUAUGAGUAAUUCUGGAACUGCAGAGAUAUAUUCUCUGAUCACUUCUGUACCAGAAACAUCUCAGCCCAUAUCUGAAGGCCUCGAACACCCAGAGUCACAUCAGGACAGCACUGCAGAUCCUACAGACACUAACUCUUUCGUUAUGUCUGUAAAUGCAAUUUAUCAGCCAUCAGAUGUUUUGGCCAAUAAACAACAGAAACAGGGAAAUCCAGAGGACAAUGAGAAUGUUUAUCACCUGUACUCCACAAUCCUUGACAAACCAGUUCGCGCAGAAGAUCACGUGUACAGUUUGUUGAACAUGAACCAAUGAAUAUCAUCUGUGUUCAUUAUGUACAGCGAAUAUAAAUAAAGUUUAUAAAGCAGAAAAAA